AGUUUAAUAUUCACUUCUUAGCAAACCGCGACCUAAGACGCUCAGAUCUUAACGUUAAAGAUAGAUGAAAUUUAAUUCUGGACAAUACCCAAUUAAUUUGUAUUCAAUAUGUACACCAUUUCAACGUCGUUUAACGAUUAUUUUCAAGGCGAACAAAAAAAAUAUCCACAACUCAAGCUCAAAGAUGUUAUUAGGUUAAAAGUAAGCUUGACCGAUGAAAAGGAAUUGCCUCCCGUUUCAGAUAAAUAUCUCAUUGCGUUUCUUCAUAGCUGUUAUUAUGAUGUGGAAGCAGCUAAAUCCACAAUCAAAAGGUAUUAUAAAACUUGCUUCACACUACCUGAAAUAUUUUGUGAUAUCGAUCCUACAUCCGAACCCAUAAGAGGAGCUUAUGAGUGCACAAGCUUGUGUGAUUUAACUUUCGAACAAACAGACAAUAAAGAAUGUUUUCUUUAUUGGCAGUUUAAAAACACCGAUCCUCAGGCAUAUAACUGCGAAGCAGUGUUAAAGUACUUUUUAAUGUUCAUGGAUUAUAAAAUACUUCAUUAUGGAUUAUUUGAUGGUAUGAAUGUGAUCAUCAACUGUCAGGGUUCAAAAUGGCGGCACGUUCUCAAUACUCCUAUGAACAUAAUGGCCGAACUUUUCAAAUACAUGCAGAAAGGAAUACCGGUGAGAAUUAAAACAAUUCAUUUCAUUAAUUCAGGAAGUAUUGUCGAUAGGUUUUUUGGAAUGCUCACGCCGUUCAUUGAUAAGGAAAUAUUUAAUAAGAUCAAGUUCUAUCCAACCGUUACGGAUGAUUUUUUCAAUGUUGUACCGAUAAACCUUUUUCCCGUGGAAGCUGGUGGAUUAGGAUUGUCUCACAAUUUCUUAAAUGACAAGAUGUUUGAAAACGUUAAGUCAUGUCGUGAAUGGUACAAGGAAAGAAACCAACAACUCCAGAAGCAAUUAUUUAUCAACAAAGAAAAAUACAUGGACUAAAUGUUAAAUUUUUCGUAGGUAUUGUUUGCAUGGAAAUAUUGUAUUAAAAUAUAUUCUUUAUAAAUAAUUGAUGUGUAUUAAAGUAAUAUAAAUGUGCAGGGACGCUUGUUGGUUUGACAUUAAUUUUAAUAUUAUACUGUAAAUAAUUGCUGUU